AAACACAAGAACAUUCCUGAUAUCGACGUUAGGGGUCAAUAUAGUUCCCAUAAAUACGAAAAAUUCCUGAGGCAUUCACUUUUCUAUUGGCCAAUCCAAAAGUGACGUUUACACUUAUGACAUUACACCGUUUUGGCGCCUUGCAUAACGGUUUUUAACGGGCGCCGAGUGUCGAAUGCUGAGUGAAUGUGUGCAAGAGUUAAAUCAAAGAAUUUAUUUCUUUGUACAAAUUUAAAAACGGAAUAAGUAAGCGUGUGGUGCAAUUGAUAUUACCUCAAUUAGGCUUUGUAGGUGGUUGAGUAUGUCUUUUGGAAAGGCAAAAAUACAAAGGUUCAAUGAUAUAAGGAUAGCACAAGCACCAAGUCCUACAUCGUACAAUGUAGAAAGGAAGUUGAAAUUAGAAACCAAAAAUAAAGUUGCAAAAUAUACUGUGGUAACUAACAAUGAUGGUGAUAAAAAUUCAGUGAAAUCAGAUGGAUUUUCUGCAAGAAGUGUCCCUAUUAUGAAAACUCCACUGGCAGCUAAAUGUAAGAAGUUCUACAACAGAAUCCAACCAAAAACUCCAAAGCGACCAGAACCUGAAUCAAUUGCUCAAAUAGAAGCUCUCAAAGAAAAAAUUGUCGAAUGCAAUAACAAAGAUACUUUUAUCAAAGAGCUAUCUGAACAGAUUGAUGAACUGAAAGACAACAUAAACCAGUUAAAGAAAGAAAAAGUCCAAAUAGAAGCUGAUAAAAAAUCAUUAGAAGAAAGUGUAAAUGAGUUGAAGAUAAGACAUCACCUGGAUCUUGAAAAUGUUAUUAAAGAAAAUGAAAUUAAGUUAGGUAAUCUUGCAAGAGAAAAGGAUGAGUUACUUACUGAAAUUGAUCAUUUGAAACAACAAUGUGAAGACAUUAAAAAUUUACAUAAAACAGAAUUAGAGCUCAUUCAGAGGGUUCAAGAUGAAUUAACAACAGAAUUAUCAAAAAAAGAAGAAGCUCUUAUAAAACUUGAAGUUAAAUAUGCUGAAGCUCAAAAAAAGAAUCCACAAGUAAUUGAUGUGGGUGCUCUAGAAAGAGAAAUCAAUGAGUUGCAUGCUGAAAUUGCACAAUUUAAACAAAAAUAUGAAGAGAAGGAACAUUCUCAUAAAAAAGAAAUACACGAACUCAUCCACACAUUUCAAGAUGAAAAAGCGUCAGAGUUGUUGAAGAAAGAAAAAGCUCUUCAUGAACUUGAAGCUAAAUAUGCUGAAACUCAAAAGAAGAGCCAACAAGAAAUUGAUGCUAUGCGGCAAGAACAUCAAAGGGAGAUUCAAGACCUGGAAUUUGAGAUGCUGAAAGCGAUGACAGAAUUGCAAAAAGAAAGGGAGGACACCGAAGAUAGGAUUAGGGAAGUUGAAGAGGAAAUGAGAAGGGAAAUUAAGGUAUUGCAAGAAAAAUUUGCAGAGGAGAAAAGGUUGUUGCAUGAAGAGUCGACGAGAAAAAUUAAGGAGAUUGAGCAACAUUUGAAAGAAGCCAAUUAUCAGACUGAAAAACAACUGAAAGGAGAAAUGGAGCAAAUCAUAGUGGAAUGGCGGAACAAGCUCCAAACGCAACAGGCACAAUCUGAUGCAAUUUUGAAGGAAUGCCAAGCUAUUAGCGAGUACAAUAUAAUUCAGAGCGAGGUUGAGAAAAACAACGUAAAACUAGAAUUAGAAAAGAUCAAUGAAGAACACAAGGCAAUGCAACAUAAGUACCACAAAAUUGUAUCAGAAUAUAACAAGACUGUGAGCCAGAACAAAGAGCUCCAAGCUGAAAACAGUAAAAUUGUCCAAGAGUUGAAUGAUAUAAAAGUAAGCUGGCAUGAGAAACUGGAAAAUAAAAAUGCUGAAAUUUCUAAACUAAACAAAGACAAGGCAACGUACGAGUAUACGAUUAAAAAUUCACAAACCACUAUAAACGUUCUCAAAGAACGCCUCAUACACUCUGAUAGAGAUGUAGAGCAGCUCAAACAAGAGCUUGUACAGUGUGAAAGCAAAAUUUUGUACUAUGAGGACAGGUAUAUCAAACUGGAGUCUGAUUUGAAAGAGCGCCAAUCUUCCAAUGAUGAGCUCGAGUUACAAUUUGACUCUGCCAUCAGGUUAAACUAUAGUGAAAUAUCUCAACUCAGUAACGAACUUUUUAAGAAACUGGAUCAGUAUAAAAAAGAAGGGAUGAUGUAUCAUGAGAAAUACAAGAAAGAGAAGCAGUUGAAAGAAGAAAUCAUGAAUCAACUUAAAGACGCAUUUGAUCUGAUUAACAAAGUUAAGUUAGAGCUAGAUGCUCUGGAAAUGUUCAAUACUCAGUAUGAGUUUGAGAUAGAUCAAUAUCAAAAUGAAUUGGACGAUUAUCAUAUGAGAGAAAUGGAUUGGUCAUUGAUGAAGGAUAAAUUUGAAGACAUUAUUGCCGAAAUGCAGCAACAGUUGGAGAAGAAAGAUUCAGAAAUUAAAGUGCUGAGUAAUAAAUUACAUGCAUAUGAAGAGAAACUCAGUUCCAACGUGAACUACACUGAAUACUACGAAAAUAAAAUUAAAGAGUAUGAACGAGAAUUAAAUGACUCAGGAAAUAUCCACAAGAAAUAUAUUGAGAUGUCGGGAAAAUACGAUGAGUUGGCGCAAAGGUUUGAAGAGCUGGAAAUGGAAAAUAUGAAGAUAAAAAGCAAGAUCGGAAAUUUGGCGAACGAGGGAGAAGAGCAGCGACAGUGGGAAAACAAGUACCAGAAGCAGAAGAAAGCAUAUGACAGGCUUUUGAAUAAAUACCAGAAUUUGGAGAAAGAAGUAGAAUGCAAUAAGGUUAUUCAAAAGGUUGGAAAGGAAAAUGCUGAACCAAAAUCAUCACGUAAAUCGAAGUUAUUGGAAGGGAAUAAAGAAAAUGUUAGCAGUCCAAACAGGCUGCUGAACUCUAGUAGAUUGGAGUCGCCUUUACGAGAGAGAAAUUGACAGUACUACAUAAUUAUGAAUUUAAUUGUAGUUUUAUCAGUAAGUAUAUAUUUAAUUUUUAGCGAAAAUUCGCUGUAAAAGACGGGGGUUUAAAUUUAUUGGUGCUCAAACAAUAAAGGUGAUCCUUUUCACGAAUCACAUUUUAUUUUUUCGGGGUGGUCCAAGUGAUUUUAUGAAAUAAAUAUUAGUAUACACAAUAGAUAUAAUCUGAUUUAUUCACAGAAAUUUAUAAAUUCACUUCUAGUAAAAUCUGUGAAAUAUUCACAAAUCUUUGGAUCAGAAUUAUUAAAUAUUGUUAUUAAUAUAAUAUUUAUUAGCACUAUAAUUAUUGAUGUAACAUCUGAAACUUAUAAAGUGGAUUUCAUGUUGAUAAUUCCCCAUAUUUCUCUGGCCAAUCGAAAGUAUGCAAUGUGUCAACAAAAUCUUCUUUAUUGUAAAUGGUGACCUUCUUCAAAACAAUGACUCUGACAAUAUAUUUUAUUUAUGUCUUCCAGGUGACACUUCGUCUAUUUUUUCUUUUCAUUUUCAUAUUCCUAUAAAGUGUGUUACGACAAUAGAGUGAAAGGUCCAAAUUUUAAAUUGGCCCUAAAAAAACUUUUGGCGUCUUCGGGACGAUGGACGACAUAUCUGGAACAUUUAAAAAAUGUCAAAUAACCUCAUGCUCGCUUGCCGUUUUGGAGGGCUGGACGUUCGUUUUUGGGAACCGGUAAUGUCUACUCCCAUUCGGUCCUGGCCUAUGCUGUUUUUGCGUGGUGCCAUCUUUAAAUUUCGAAUGAUGGCUUCGCGCAAUCUCAGCAUGAUACGGGACCUUUCACACUAUUGUAGUAAAACUGUAUAGGAAUAUGAAAAUAAAAAGAAAAAACAAACAAAGCGUUACAUAUAAACAAAAUAUAUUGUCAAGGUCAUUCUACUGAAAAAUGUAACCGUUGUAAAAUGUUUACGACAAAGAAUAUUCUUUCAAUAUGUGGUUUCGAUUGGCUAGAGAAAUAUGGGAGAUUACAUAAUUAUUGAUAUCUAGCAGUAUAUUUAAUGGUAUCAUGAUAUAUAUCGCUUCUAUUGAACGGCAUUCAUCAAUUUAUAACUAAUAAUUACAUAGGGGGUGUUACAAAAUGCAAAUGAUUAUUCCAAGUGCUGUCUGACAUUUUACAUAAUGGCGCAAAUUUAUUGGCUGUGUUGGAAUGAUAAUUUUGAAACUAUUCAUGGAUGCAGUUCAUAUGAAUUAAGUCACCAGACCACCUCAUUUUUGAAGUACACUCAGGGGAAUUACCAAAUAAUUUUUUAGAAAUUCUUGGGAAGGCAUCGCAUAUCUUUUGUCUGUUUCAUAUGCCUGUUAAAAUUUUUAAAAUGGAAUGGAAAUAAAAGUUAGUGUAUUUAGGCGAAUAUAUGAAAUUGACUCCACACAUUGACUCAUUUUUGUGUGCGUUUGAAGGAAGAUCUUAGAAAUUUUAUUGAGUGGAAUAUGUAUAGGUUUAUUCUGCUUACACUAUUUUCGAAGCCUAUGAAAUAUAUUGAUGGAGUUUGUAAGGGCUACUAAUAGCUGUUGAAGUAGGUAUCACAUGACAUCUUAUUUCGAACUCCUAUGAUUACUAGUUUAAAUCCAAAUGGCAGACCUGCUUUGUUUCCAAAUUUCCAAAUAAAAUAAUAUUUUAGUUUAGAUUUUUAGUUACUGUCAUAAUAAUGCUCUUUUAAUUGCCUUUACUGAAUUCUAUAAUAAAAAGCAAUGAUUUGACCAGGAGCCGUAUUUUUGAAGUCGGUAGUAAAACUCGUAUAUAAACGUUGUCAUGGAGACAUCGAAACCUUGUAAGACUGAGAGAUUGUGGAAAUAUCAAUAAAAACCAUGUUAUAAAAUGUUACAUUUUUCAAAAGUUUGGAGAAUCUAUUUCUGAUGAAAAAUACUAGAUUAUUACAAGGACUCUGUACGAACGAUUAAAAAAUACUUCAUUUUCACAUAAAUCAUAUGAGAGGUUUGUCCUUGAAAUAUGAUGCUGCUUUUGCAAAUUUGAACAUCACUAUUUGUAGCAUAAUUUGUUGAGGUAUACCUUCAAGCAGGUGGUUCUAUUGCAUUUUUUGGCUGGCCAUUUAUGCCAGACAUUUUUCUCUUUUUUGUUUCUUUUUGAAUUAACUUAUUCUGACCUAUUCCAAUAUCAACUACUACUAUUUGUUAGUUUGUAUCAUUUGUUGUAUAGAUAUUUUGAGAGAGUUGUUGUAAUUUGUUCUAUAAAUCCAUCCCAUUAUCCACAGCUAGAACUGGUUAGAAUUAUUGAUUCCCAAUAGGCAGCCCUCUUGUCACGGCUUUUGAUAUUUUGAUUUUGCAAUAGUAUUUAACAAAUGUGACACUUGCACAAAUUUAAAUGUUAUUCAAUAUAAUUCGUAUUAUUGAAUGUAUAGUAUUAUAUUACAUUUACUAGCUAAUUGUUUAUUUAUGCCUACAAUAAUGCAAUACUAGAUGGGUAAAUAUAGGGCAUUGAUUACUAGCUGAACUAAAUUUUAAUCCAUACUCCCUGUUUUGAAUAAAAUCUUGUGUGUCAAGAUGGCGGAGGCUACAAACUAAAAAAUAAUAUUGCAAAUUCAUGCUAAAUGGUCCCCAAAAUGUCUAAUCUUCUUAGAGCUUUGAUAUGUGGUUGGUCAUUUUUUUUGUAAAAGCCAAAAACGGGUUAUGGGCCUCCACUUUCUUUUAAAAAGAUCCUGUAAAUCUAAACAGCAAAUGCUACAAGCUAGCAAAUAUUAGUACAGAAAAGUUCGAGUUGGGGUUCAGACCUCCGACUAAAAUGACGUAUUUUUUGUGUAGCGCCGCCUCACUCUGAUCCAUAAGGCGAAAGAGUUUUAAAGUUUGGAAUUGUUAACACACUAUAUUAGCCAUUUUAGGAAGAAAAUAUAGCUUCUUACACAAAUUUCGUUGUCACUUGGUCUAUUGUGACUGUAACAAGUUUUCAGUGUCGACAAAGUGUGCCACUUGAAUAUUGCUGUCUUGAUGUAAAAAUUACCUUCCCGUGAGACGUGCGCCUCCCUUAGAUGUAUCCCAGUCCCGCUCUUCAAUUGUCACAAGGGUAUUUGCGCCCAGAAGCGAUGUUUAAGUGCUAAAGCGUGCAGCUGCCCCGAGACACGAACAUUUUCCUGAACAUGAAAGCUGUGACCAUGGCUGCGUCCUCCUUAUGCAGAUUUCUUAAUGCGUUAAAGUGUUUUGGCAGACAAUAAGACGAUACACUCAUCAUUUGGGUUAGGUGAAAAGCUGUGUAUUUUAUGCCAUAGAGGAUAUGACUUAAUUACUUUGAACAGGUUAAAUAUAAUACACCUUAAUAAUGUAGGUUUUCUGUGGUUGAUGUUGAUGAUUUUUCUGUUGAAAUGAGCCAAAGAAGGAGAAUGACAAAUUAGUUUAUAGGUAUUAUUCCGCACUAUUUAUACUAUAUUUAUUGACUAAUUUUAAAAUUAUAGUAUCUAAGGGAUUUUAAAUUCCAGCCAACAAUUUAUUUAUGAAACCAUUCUUAUAGUGAAAGGUGCAACAAAGAAUGUUGUCAUUGCAUGUCAUGAAACUAAAUAUUUGAUAAGAAAAUUAUACAUUAUAAUAUUGUUGUAUUGGUAUCAUGAUACUUUGAUCAGCUUGUGGCAUAUUGUAUUAGGCCCGUUGACUACUUUUUUGAACCCAUGGCUCAAAUGCUACUCAUAUUAACGUUUGGAAGUUAAUUGGGUUUGCCUACCGCCAAAACUGCCAUAGAUGUGUUGAAUUUCAGUUCGAAGAUAAGGUUUUUUGGCAUAAUUUUGACUCGAAUUUCGAUCAACAAAUACCAUUUGGCAAUGGUGAAGUGUAUUGUUGCCAGUAUUAAGUUGAACACCUAGAUAGGUCUUGUGGGUCGAGCAUACUUACAGAUUACAGGGUACUUGGAAAAGGCGACUACAUAUUUAAAAACCCUCAAGACAUUUCCGUGGUAAUGAGGUUAUCAUAAAAUCUAGCAUCAAUAUGCCACAUCAUCGUUGAUCUAACGAAAACCUGAACGAAAUCAAAGCAUUUGCGACAGGCUGUGGGUUGGCAAAUGUAGUGUAUUAACGAAAUGUGACAUGAUUGCAAACACCAAACAUGGGUUUAUUUGGUAGAUUGUGAAGUGAUCUGGGCCUAUAUGAUUCUUUGUUCUAUCUUGCCUAGUUUUAUGUAAAUAUAUUUAUGAUUUCGGAUAUAGGUAUGUUUUCAUGCUUAGACUACUCUAAACAUUUCAUUUUUACAUUAAAAAGCAACUAUUUUACUAUUUAUCGUUUGUAAUAGUACUGUGUCCAUAUAUUUGAGUUCACUAAAAAGGCUGAGUAGAUUUUAGGUACCUCCACCAAAUACACUUAAACUGAGAUAGAUAUUUAGAAUGUUACUGAAAGGCUUUGAGACAAAGUUAAUAUAUUGGUUAUUACUUAUUGAUUAAGGUAAAAGUGAAACAUUACUUUUAUAGUUGGUUAUUUACACUCGUUUGUUAGAAUAAAAUUAUACAUUUACAUUACAUUUCAUUACAUUUUUAUGUCUCUUUACAAUGUAUUUUCGCAUAUUUCUAAUGAUUUUUGUUAUA